UCGUGUGACGGCUUGCUGUGCUCUUCCACGUCGAAGGUUUGAGGCCCCUCUCUAGACUCACGCAACCCAGCUACUGGUCUCGCACUUCUCACAACCAUUCUACCUCCUCACCACCUUCUUUCCUUUGUCAAGCUCGAUCGAAGUGUGGGUUUUUUUUCUUUUGGUUUUGUGGGUUUGCGCAUUCCCGGGAGGUUUAAGGUCGGUGUGGGUGGUAUCGGAGGUUUAAGGUUUAAGAAAAAAACAGGGGUUCGGCUACCAUGUAUCGUGCGGCGGCUACGUUGUCGGCCCGUAUCAACAGGGGCCGCGCACUAGUACAAAAUUUUAAUAAACUUCAGUCAACCCGGAAUUUUUCUGCAAAAGAUAUUAGGUUUGGGGUCGAGGCCCGCGCCCUUAUGCUUCAAGGUGUGGAGCAACUUGCAGAUGCUGUUCAAGUGACCAUGGGGCCUAAGGGGCGUACGGUUGUUAUCGAGCAAUCAUUUGGCUCUCCAAAAGUGACUAAGGAUGGGGUCACUGUGGCUAAAGCCAUCGAGUUCAAGGACAGGCUGCAGAAUGUGGGAGCGUCCCUUGUUAAAUCAGUUGCUAGUUCUACAAAUGAUGUAGCUGGAGAUGGGACAACUUGUGCAACGGUGCUCACCCGAGCUAUUUUUGUUGAGGGAUGUAAGUCAGUUGCAGCUGGCAUGAAUGCAAUGGACUUACGUAGGGGUAUCAAUCUUGCUGUUGACUCUGUCGUAUCCCAUCUAAAAAGCCAAGCCAAGAUGAUUAGCACAUCGGAAGAGAUUGCACAGGUUGGAACUAUCUCUGCAAAUGGAGAUAGUGAAAUUGGCGAUUUGCUCGCUCGCGCCAUGGAGAAGGUUGGCAAGGAAGGUGUCAUCACUGUGUCGGAUGGAAAGACUUUAUUUAAUGAGUUGGAGGUUGUGGAGGGCAUGAAGCUUGACAGGGGAUAUAUUUCCCCCUAUUUCAUCACUAAUGCAAAGACCCAGAAAGUGGAAUUGGAAAAUCCCGUCAUCUUGAUCCACGAGAAGAAAAUCAACAGUCUUCAAGCGAUUCUUCCAGUGCUUGAGCUCGUUGUCAGGGAUCAAAGGCCACUAUUGAUUGUUGCCGAGGAUGUGGAGAGUGAAGCUCUGGCGACACUGAUAGUCAACAAGCUCAGGGGAGGUGUGAAGGUGUGUGCUAUCAAGUCUCCUGGAUUUGGAGAGAACAGGAAAGCGCUCAUGCAGGACCUUGCAGUGUUAACAGGUGGUCAGCUCAUUAGUGAAGACCUUGGAUUUAAACUCGAGAAGGUCACUCCCGAUAUGCUUGGAAAGUGCAAAAAGGUCACUGUAUCGAAAGAUGACACCAUUAUCUUGGAUGGGGGAGGUGACAAGGCUGCGCUCGAAGAGCGAACUGAACAGAUCCGAGAGGCUAUCAGCGCUGCCACUUCCGACUACGAUAAGGAGAAACUGCAAGAGAGGUUGGCUAAAUUGUCAGGUGGUGUAGCGGUACUUAAGAUCGGAGGAGCUAGUGAAGUCGAGGUAAACGAGAAGAAAGACCGUGUAACUGAUGCAUUGAACGCCACUAAAGCUGCUGUUGAGGAGGGUAUUGUUCCUGGUGGUGGUGUGGCUCUUUUGUAUGCUUCUCGAGAGCUGGAGAAAGUUCAAACUGCGAACUUUGACCAGAAGAUCGGAGUGCAAAUCAUCCAAAAUGCUUUGAGGAUGCCUGCGUACACAAUUGCACGCAAUGCUGGAGUGGAGGGAGCUGUCGUUGUUGGAAAGCUUAUGGAGCAAACAAACAUGAGCAUUGGAUAUGAUGCUGCAAAAGCCGAGUACGUCGACAUGGUGAAGGCUGGAAUUAUUGAUCCUGUAAAGGUUAUUAGAACAGCUCUUGUUGAUGCCGCUAGCGUUGCAUCACUGAUGACAACAACUGAAGCAGUAAUUGCUGAUUUCCCGAAGGAUGACAAGGAGGCCAUGCCUGGCAUGGGAGGUGGAAUGGGAGGAAUGGGAGGCAUGGGAGGAAUGUACUAGAUGACUUGAGGGAUACGCAGGCAGUUGAAAUGUUUCAAAAUCAAUGCGUUGAGGUUUAGGGGACAGCCGCUCAUUACAGCGUUUGGAACAAAGUGCAUGCAGUGAUAGGGAGAUUCAUCCUGCAAGCCGCCGGAGAAUAGUCUAAUUCGGCCAUACAAUGUAAUUAAAGAGUCAGUUUUGUGAUCCUCUAAUAAGCUCGAGGAAGAUUGACAUGGUCCAUUCAAAUCAUGAAUGUGUCUCAACCUAAUACAUUCAAUUAUUUAUUUGGAUACUGAA